AUGAUGCUACGACUGACUGUGCUAAUGCUGGCUUUGGCCACUGCCUCCCCUGUAUUGUCCCAACUCAAUGCGACAGCGAAUACUACAUUUCUCACGUUUCAAAAUGAAAGAUUGUCUUUUACAAUCGACAAGACAACGGGAUUUUUGGGUCAUGUCCAUUUGGAUGGCCACGAUCUUCAAGGGCCACAGUCCAAUACGUCAGGACGGGGUUAUUACGAGUGUCAUUGUGUUCCGAGCAGCUACCAGGUCGCAGAUUCCGACAUUUAUCAUGUUGGUAUGAACGCCACGUUCGAACUACUCCAAGGGAACGAUAUCUCCGGCCAACCCUACGUCGGAUCAUUCAUGCAAGAGGUUCUUCCUAUCGGUCAUACAUUUCAGCAGUGGUACUUCCUUCGCCCUAACGAGACAGGAAUCCACAACUUCGCCCGGCUCAUUUAUUCUAAUUCAUCAUCUGGUUUCCCCUUCGAGGACGGAGGCAUUCCUGUCCGCGAGAUACGCGAAGUCUUUCAAUUCAACACCACGCUCUGGAAAACUGCUUCCACUAAUCCCCAGCUCAACAUGUCAAUACCAUCUCAGGACGCUAUCACGCCUGCUGUUCAAGUUCAAGACGCCACAUGGAGCUUGGGUGGCACACCCGAUGAACCGUUCAUGGUUGAAACGAGUACGUGGUGGACGAAGUAUGCUUUAGCGGACGCAUAUAGGUAUAGGAAGGCCCACGGGCUUUACGGCGUCGACGAAGAUGGAACAGCGUACGGCGCAUGGAUGGUCUCGCUGACGCAGGACACACUAUUUGGAGGGCCGACGCACUACGAUCUUCUCCUAGAUGGGAUGAUUGGCGUACCGGAGGGCUCUGCGAACCUGCAGAGAAUACCUCAUAUUUACUAUUACUUCGCAUCUAGCCACCAAGGUGCCGCUACCUCAAAUUUGACUUCUGAAGGAUAUGACCGUACAUGGGGACCUCAGAUUCUGUACUUCAACAAAGGCUCUCAGGCGAGCCUCUCCGAGCUUCGUGCGGACGCAGAAUCUGCCACCUCCCUCGAUUCCUACGCCGAUUUCUAUACCGCGAUAGCUCCGCAGAUACCAGGCUUCGUGGCACCAUCGAACCGAAGCACCUUCUCACUAAGUAUCUCCGUUCCGCAGAGUGCUGACGAUGCUGUAGCUGUACUCAGCGCCGAUGGCUGGGACUUCCAGUCUAACGUUCUAGACCAGAGCACAUUUCAGUACUGGGGAGAAAUCGAUUCAAAUGGGCACGUCGAAAUCCCGAACGUUCGGGCUGGAACAUAUAGGUUGACAGUGUAUGCAAAAGGUGUAUUCGGUACCUUCAUUGUCCGGAAUAUCACAGUACCAGAGGCACAAGCAAUCGUACUCUCCAAUAUGACUUGGGUCGAGGAGAGCACAGGUGUUGAGCUGUGGCGUCUCGGUACACCAGACCGCACCGCUGGAGAAUAUCGCCACGGUUUUGCUCCCGCCGAAAACGAGACCUAUCAUCCGAUGCAAUAUCGUCAAUACUGGGGUGCUUAUAAUUUCACCGAGGACUUUCCACAGGGUGUCAACUUUGAGAUCGGAGCGAACGACGUCUCUGUGGAUUGGAACUAUUGUCAGUUCGCUGAAAGAAACAACUUUACCAUCAGAUUCGGGAUCGAUGAAGAUCAAGCCAUCUCACUACUGAAUACCACCAAUGCAAUAUUCACAGUGAUCCUCGCAGGAGCGGUUGGCCCCACCGGCAACGAAGACUUUUCGUCUCUCGCCUUCUCCGACUUCCCGCUCACCGUUCAAGUCAACAACCAAUCGCUACUCGAGUGGAUCAUCCCUUCGAAUGUAUCUUCGUCAUGUAUCACCAGAAGCGGCAUCUCUUGUUUCGUGGUGGACCAUCAAUAUGUAUUCCCGAGGGACUGGUUGCUGGAGGGGCCGAACACGUUUACGUUGGGUCUGUCGCCGGGGUCUGGAACAAGAGCGAUGUAUGAUGCCUUGAGGUUGGAAGACUUGUUUGCAUUGCCCAGCCCUCCUGAAGUGAAUGAGACAUACGACAAAGCUCCGUUAGUUCGGAUGCCUGAUCGAGCAGACGACCUGGAAUCUCUGCUGAAAGCAUUCUACUUCGGUUACGAACUUCCGUUUCCCAGACUCGAUCCACGCACGCCAGAUGCAGUACGGUCCAUCCUCUUGAUGGCCAACAAAUACCAGGUCGACUUCGUACGCCGCAUCAUCGUGACGCGUCUAGAGUCAGAUUGGCCUCAAACCAUAGAAGCUUGGCAGCGACUUGAACACGAAAUCGAAGGCAUGAGGGAGGAUGCACGUGGUGGAGUGUGGAACGGGACUCGUGGUCCCUCCCUCGAGCUUGAUAAUGCACUCCCAGAACCCGCAUCCGCCAUUCGGCUCGCACGCGAGUGCAAUAUCCCAUCCAUUCUCCCACCUGCUUUCUAUCAUCUAUCUCGUCUCUCAAUCGAGGACGAUUGGGACCUCGUGCGCAGCUAUGGGCCGAAGAAACUCACGGACGUUCGCAAGCCACAACUCUCCUAUGGCUUUCGCUCUGCAAGAUGGUCUCUACUUCGCGCGGAAGACUUUAGGUGCUUGCUGGUUGGCAAAUUGGCUAUUGAGAAGCACCGCGCGUGUCACAGUGGCCUUCUCCCCUGUCGACGGAGUGACGGUGGCGACGCAACUGACGACUGGGAGGAAUGCGCCUUGGAGGAUGAGCCGGAGAACCUCAAGAAUUUCAAUGACCGGAUCCGAGACGCCAGCACCUCGGAUACAGACUUAUUGAAGGUUUUUGGUCGUGAACAGAAGUAUUUCAUGGAAUCUUGGCUGUUCUGUUGGGAGUGUAGGGAGCAGAUUGAGAAUCAGCUUAAUAUUUGGAAGAAAUUGCCAGAGUACUUUGCGCUUCCUUGAUAUGCUAUUUGUUGAAAAGGCGAGGAUCGUGCGACUUAGGCUUCCCAGAGCCGCACACGUUUCUCACCCUGUCGUGAUGGGCCGUCUCGGCUCUAGAGGAAGAGAUAUCGAGCAGAGAGCCACUAUGAGCCUCUUGUUGCCUAUACCCAUUCAUUGCGUCGAUCCUCGAUUAUUCACGCAACCGUAGGCCUCUUCCGAUUGUAACAUAUGUCCCAGGGGUGACUUCACAGAGUGAUGAC